GUUCUUGAUAGCUCUAUUUUUUGCUAAUUGACCUGUUGUACACCAGGUGGACGAUAUAAAAAUUGUAUAUUGGAAUCUGUAGAAUCAUACAGGUAUUUCUCAGCAAAAUGGCGAGUUUUCUGCAAGUUCCACGUUCACUGUGCGCUCACAGCCGCAAAUAUAGUUCCAAAAUACAGGAUGUAGUGAUUGUUUCCGCUGCCCGCACUCCAAUAGGAAGUUUUCAGAGUCAGUUAGCUCCCCUAUCGGCAACGCAAUUAGGAGCAGUAGCAGUUGAAGCUGCAGUACAGCGCUCUGGAAUCAGUAAAGAUCAAGUUGAUGAGGUGAUUAUGGGCAAUGUGGUGUCUGCGGGUUUGGGCCAAGCACCAGCUCGUCAGGCAGCAAUUUUCGCCGGCCUACCCAAAAAUGUAUGUUGCACGACAGUGAAUAAAGUCUGCUCUUCGGGAAUGAAGGCCGUCAUGCUGGGCGCACAGUCGCUGAUGUUGGGUCAGGCAGAAAUUGUGGUCGCAGGUGGAAUGGAGUCAAUGUCGAAUGCACCGUAUUACAUGAAACGAGGCCCCACUCCGUAUGGAGGCAUUCAACUCAUUGAUGGUAUUGUAUUUGAUGGCCUCACCGAUGUAUACAACAAGUUCCAUAUGGGUAACUGCGCUGAAAAUACAGCGAAAAAAAUGGGUAUAAGUCGCCAGGAGCAAGACGAAUUUGCCAUACAAUCGUAUAAACGCUCAGCCAAAGCAUGGACUGACAAGGUUUUUGAUGCUGAAAUCGCUCCUGUAAAGAUACAACUGAAACGCAAACCAGAAGUUGUUGUCUCUGAAGACGAGGAGUACAAGCGCGUCAAUUUCGAUAAAUUUGGGCAGCUAGCUACCGUUUUUCAGAGAGAGAAUGGCACUGUCACAGCGGGAAAUGCUUCGACCUUGAAUGACGGUGGAGCUGCCACUGUGCUUAUGACCGCAGAGGCAGCAGACCGUUUGAAACUGAAGCCUCUUGCGCGUAUUGUUGCCUUCCAAGAUGCCGAAACUGAUCCAAUUGAUUUUCCGAUCGCACCUGCAUUUGCAGUGCCCAAGUUAUUGCAGCGAGCCGGUGUUAAUAAGCAAGAUGUGGCAAUUUGGGAAAUAAAUGAAGCCUUUUCUUUGGUUGUAUUGGCUAAUAUAAAGAAACUGGAUGUAGACCCGGCUAAGGUAAACAUACAUGGCGGUGCUGUAUCCAUUGGCCAUCCAAUCGGCAUGUCUGGUGCGCGUUUGGUAACACACUUGUCACAUGCACUGAAACCCGGGGAACUUGGAUGCGCUUCAAUAUGUAACGGUGGUGGCGGUGCGUCUUCCAUUCUAAUACAAAAAUUAUAAAUGGAAAUGGGAAAAGAUAUAUGUAUGUAAAUUAUAGGAAAAAACCAGAUGUGCAUUUAUUUUUAUACAUUUUUAUUGGAAACUCGUUUUAAGUAUAAAGCUGUUAAAACAUACAUACAUACAUACAUAUCAUGGUACAUAAAAUAAAUUUUAAAUUCUGUU